GCAUUAAAAUUGGUGAGAGGUGAAACAUAUAAGCUCUUGUCUUCACUGGUGAAAAAUAUAAUAGAUAUUUUAAAAAUAUUAUUUAUAGACCCAAAAACUUAUCCGAAUUAUAUAUUUGAAAAUCUAAAAGUUUAUCUAAAACCCAAAACCAUACCCGAAAAUCCUAAAUCCGAAACUUUAAAAAUAUCCAUAAUACAAAAAAUAUACUAAAAAACUCAUAUACACCUAAUAUAUACCAGAAGUUUUGGGUAUUCUGGAUAUCCCAUAGGUUCUCGGAUUCAUAUCGGAUCGGGUCUAAGACCCGCGGGUCUUCCAUGACAAAACUCAAUAGGGUAAAAAGAUCGGUUCGGUUCCUAUCCAAAUCAGAAUUUUUCAGGUUGGUUUCAGAUCAGUUUCUGGAUCCGAGUAAAAUGCCCAUGGCUAGCCGAGUACUUUUCUAAACUUCAUUCUAACGAUUUGUAAUUUGUUUGUAACGAAAUAUGAUUGGCUUGAUCCUAUUCAAAAAAUAUGUAGACAGCCUAUAACUGGGUUCAUCUAUAACAUGAUAAAUCUUUUUUUUGUAUUCUUAUUUUUUUUUGGUCAAUAUCAAAAGGGAAAUAGCACCCUAAGUCUGUAAAAAAAAUUAAUAACUAGCUGAGAACCACUUUACCGUAAUAUGCGAGGAUAUAAUAUGUAUUUUCUAUAGUAAUACAUUUAUGUCCUCACAAACAACCGGCUACACCUGAAAGAGAAAAAAAUUAAAUAACUUUUUUUUACCUUUUCUCCUUUUAGUUUGUGGAUCUUUCUUAUUCACAUAAAUCAUAAAAAUAAAUUUUAAUAGAUAAGGUUAUUUAGUUUCUUUGAGAUUUAUGGUGAAAGCCGACGACACCAAAACUGUUCACCGCGAAGAGUUUUGGCAGAUUAAAGAACCGUGUUCGAGAUAUUCUUGUUUCAUGCGACGCGUGGCGAUGAAAAUUAUGGACUCUCGACAUUGUGUUUGGCAACGGCGGCGGUACAACUUGUUAGUGUUAGUUGGAGUUGCAGGAGCCAAUCCGAUUCAAUUUCGACGAUGCAUAGUAGAGGAGAAAAUUUGAGAGAGAUUCGCACGUGCAAGUCUCCGAUCAUCAUCUUCUCCGCGAACCUGUGGCGGCGGACCUCAACCAUCCAUCUCCCUCUCCGCCAUGUGCCAACGGCCACCGAUCAACGGUUUCUCUCCGCACAGACCAAGGCGGAACGUUCUGCUUCCUCUGCUUCUCCGAUCUCGUCUCCAAUCCACGCGCCCCCACCGUCCACGUCUCCUACGCGCUUCACCAGCUCUCGAUCGCUCUCUCCGAGCCUACCUUCCUCCGAACACUACUCUCCUCACACGUUCGCUUCCUCGUAUCGCCUCUCGUCAACGCUCUCUCAAUCUUCGAUGAUGCUCCGAUCGCGAGCCAGAUUAUGGAUACGAUCUCUCUUCUCUGUUCCGCUGAGGAAUGUUCCAUCGGCGAGGAGUUUGUGGAGAUGGUCUCUGCUCAGCUCUCUUCUGGUGCCUUGGGUUGGAGCCGACGACAGCUUCACAUGCUCCAUUGCUUUGGAGUUCUUCUGAGCAGUGAGAAGAUAGACAUCAAUUCUCACAUAAGAGAUAAAGAAUCUCUUGUUUGCCUACUUGUUGAAGGUCUUCAAUUACCUAGUGAGGAGAUCCGCGGUGAAAUCUUUUUCGUUCUAUACAAAUUCUCUGCUCUACAGUUCACAGAACAGGAUGUUGAUGGAGCUGAGAUUCUUUCUUCAUUGUCUCCUAAGCUCCUAUCCCUAUCCUUGGAAGCUCUUGCUAAGACACAGAGAGAUGAGGUUCGCUUGAAUUGUAUAGCCCUUUUGACCACAUUAGCCCAGCAAGGUCUUUUAGCUAAUUCACGUACAAGUCCUGUCAGCAGCAUGAGUUUGGAUGAAGUGGAUGAUGACCCCAUGCUGACGGCUGAGACUGUAACAGUCAGGCCUUGUUUAGAUAUCUUGUUUGCUGAAGCCAUCAAAGGUCCGUUGCUUUCCACUGACAGCGAGGUGCAAAUAAAAGCCCUUGAUCUUAUCUUCCAUUAUGUGUCCCAAGAGAGUGUUCCAAGCAAACAGAUUGAAGUUCUGGUAGAAGAAAAUGUUGCUGAUUAUAUAUUUGAGAUACUGCGGUUAUCAGAGUGUAAAGAUCAUGUCAUCAACCCAUGCCUCAGAGUUCUUGAUUUGUUUUCCCUAGCCGAGCAUUCCUUUCGGAAGAAACUUGUUAUUGGGUUUCCUUCAGUCAUCCAAGUGCUUCACUAUGUAGGCGAAGUUCCUUGUCAUCCUUUUCAAGUCCAGACACUAAAGCUUGUUUCUAGCUGUAUUUCUGAUUUCCCUGGGAUCGCUUCAAGCUCUCAAGUUCAGGAAGUUUCUCUGGUUCUGAAAAUGAUGCUUGAAAGAUAUUAUUCACAAGAGAUGGGAUUAUUUCCGGAUGCCUUUGCAAUUAUCUGCUCAGUCUUUGUUUCCCUAAUGAAAACCCCAUCUUUUGCUGAGACUCCAGAUGUGUUUAAAUCAUUGCAAGACUCCCUAAGACAUGCCGUUUUGGUCUGUCUUAGUCUCCCUGAGAAAGAUUCAACUCAGAUCUCGCAUGCAGUCUACUUUCUCAAUGAAGUAUAUGCAUACUGUACUUCACCAACAUCCAUAAACAAUACUGGUUGCAUUGAAUUAAGACAAUGUGUUAUAGAUGUGUGUGUAUCACAUCUACUACCGUGGUUUCUUUCUGAUGUCAAUGAGGUCAAUGAGGAAUUAAUUCUUGGCAUAAUGGAAAGCUUUCACUCCAUUCUUCUUCAGAAUUCAGAUGUUCAGGCCAUGGAGUUUGCGGAGAUACUUGUUUCAGCAGAUUGGUUCAGCUUUGCAUUUGGAUGUCUAGGAAACUUCUCUAGUGAUAAGAUGAAACAGAGGGUAUAUCAGAUGCUCAGUUCCCUUGUCGAUGUUCUUCACAGACAGAAAUUGGGGUCGCAUAUCAGAGAUGCUCUUUUCUGUCUUCCUUCUGAUCCACAAGAUUUGCUGUUUUUGCUCGGGCAAGAUAGUUCCAACAAUCAAGAGUUGGCUUCUUGCCAGUUUGCAGCUUUGGUUAUUUUCCAUACCGGUUGGAUACACAAUGACAGGCUUGCAGAUGAUAAGCUUGUUUUCGCUUCUUUGGAGCAAUACAUUCUUGUCAACAGGACAAGUUUAAUCUCGGAUUCUCCAGCUGUGCUGCAACUAGUGAAUCUAUAUAGUAUUUGCAGGAGUCUUCAAAACAAGCGAUACCAGAUAUCUUACAGUCUAGAAGCCGAGAGGAUAGUCUUCCAUCUACUAAACGAAUAUGAUUGGGACUUGGGUUCCUGUGAUAUUCAUCUAGAAUCGCUCAAGUGGCUUUUUCAACAAGAAAGUAUCAGCAAAGGUUUAACUUACCAGAUCCAAAAGAUUUCCAGGAACAACUUAAUUGGAAAAGAAGUUCACAAUGUAUAUGGAGAUGGCAGACAGAGAUCACUCACGUAUUGGUUCGCAAAGAUGAUAUCAGAAGGAGACAACUAUGCCGCAACUCUUUUGGUUAACUUGCUGACCCACCUUGCAGAGAAUGGAGACAAAGAGAGUGAUGUUAUCUCAAUUUUAAAUAUAAUGACGACGGUCGUUUCUAAAUUUCCAACUGCCUCCAACCAUUUAUCCAUGAAUGGCAUUGGGAAUGCAAUUCAUAGACUCGUUUGUAGUUUUAGAAACUCAUCCAUGGGAACAUCUUUCCCUACACUACUUGUGCUAAUAUUCAACAUUCUAGCUUCUGUGCAACCUGGAGUGCUCAAAAAUGAUGAAUCCUGGAAUGCUGUGUUUAUUAAGUUGUUACACUAUUUAAGCUUGCGAGACACUGCCAUAACACAGCCAGACCAUGAAGGUAUGAUGGUGAUUGGCAUUCUUUGCUUGGUUCUGUACCACUCAUCACAUGGAGCACUUUUGGAUUCUUCAAGAAUUAUCAUGGUGAAUUCGUACUUGGUAUCGGCAAUCAACAAUGUGGUUGAUGUAGCUUGCUCAAGGGGUCCAGCAUUGACUCAGUCUCAGGAUGAAACUGAAAUCUGGGAGGCUCUAGCAUUCACAUUACCUCUCUGCUUUUUCUCAUUAAGAAGCCUGCAGAUUGUUCUCGCUGGAGCUGUGGAUUGGCAAACUUUCUGUGGCCCAUCGAGCAACCUGGAAACACUACCCGUAGUCUGCAUCCAAUGCCAUAAUUUGUGCAGGUUGAUGCAUUUUGGAACACCGCAAAUCAAGCUCAUGGCCUCUUAUUGUCUCUUGGAGCUGUUCACUGGACUGUCACAGCAGAUUGACAUUAGAAAAGAGCAACUACGUUGUUCAUCGAGUUACCUUAAAUCAAUGAAGGCUGUUUUAUGUGGUCUGGUAUUCUAUGAUGACAUAAGAGUAGCCACAAACUCUGCGCUUUGUCUGUCCAUGAUAAUGGGAUGGGAAGACAUGGAAGGAAGAACAGAGAUGCUUAAGACCAGCUCAUGGUACAGGUUUAUCACAGAAGAAAUGUCAGUGUCAUUGGCCAUGCCGUGUUCUGCAUCAAUUACCUUUGUGAACCACCACAAGCCUGCGGUCUAUGUAACCGUCGCCAUGCUAAGGCACAAGAACAAACCGGCGUGGCUGAGAAGUGUUUUUGAUGAGUCUUGCAUCUCUAGCAUGAUUCAGAAUCUGAAUGGGACGAAUAUCAGCAGCGAGAUUGUGAUUUUGUUUCGAGAGCUCAUGCAAGCUCAGCUAUUGAACUCCGACCAAGUAACCAAGUUGAAUCUCGUAUUCCUGGCAAGCAGAAAACAGAUGCAAAGGAAUGGGACUCUAGACGAGACAGUUGAAGAACAAAUGCAACGGACAGUUUCAUCAAUCCAUGAUCAUGGUGAAGUCUGCAGCUAUCUUGUUGACAUGAUGCUAUCUAAUUCUUUUGGACACACAAGUGGAAGCGAAGCAACAUGCAUUCAGAAGAAGAAACAGGUUCUCGCUGAAAUGGAACAAUUCUCCGAACGAUUAUCAACAAGAAGAGAUUAUGUUACUGAUUCAAGGCCGUGUAAGGUCUAUACAAGACAGAGAAAGAGGAUACAUGCAAAAUGAGACAAAUGGUGAAGAAGAGCAGAUCUCUAGUGUUUGUACAGGUUGCAUUGUGCAUACUUAAGGUUUAGCUUUCUGAUUUUGUUAACCAAAGUUCCAUUUUAUACUGGUUAGUUCUUGGUGUGGUUUCCACGUUUUAUGAAUAUAUAGACAGAUAUAUGACACUUUGAUCAAAAAAAAAAAAAAAAGACAGAUAUAUGACACAUCAGAAGGACUGUAAACGCUCGAACCUUUUCAGAGAGAAACUAAUGAAUCCACCUUGAAUGGACACAAAGUUAGUAGUUACCUUAUAAGAGAACCUACUUAUGCAUAAUACCCUUUCGGAUACUAUCAGAAACAGCUUUUAUUGGCAAGAAUAUAAACAAACACGUCUGGCUAUGGAACAGUAAUCGUUUUCUCCAUGGAAAAUUUCAUGAUUAUGCUUGCUGGUUUGUUAAAUUUUUUGUAAGGAUGUGGAUUAUUGGUUCUCAUGCAGUUUAUCUCUCUAUGAUAUAUUUAGGCGUGUAGCUUUGAGAUUAGUCUUUGACAUUCUCUGAUAGGUCCGUGUAACUUCCAAUGCCUACCUACAAACUUCACAUAUUAUGCUUGUCUACAGUUAGUUGUUCAAAAAAAAAAAUGCUUGUCUACUGCUUAUAUGCAUUUUCUAGAUUGUGGUAUUACUUUUCAUAUUUAAACUUGUGGAAUCGGUAUGAGGUCCUUUUGGGCCACAACGUGAUAGAAUAAUAUCCAAAGAGUUACACUGAAGAGACCUGAUGAAUUUCUAAGUACGCAAUUGGGAUCGAUUAAACAGCUGAGAACAAAUGUUCUCAUUAAGUUAUGUGCUAUUGUCAAGUAAAUUUGGGUAAUUCAUCUGUUAAUUUUAAAAAUUGAGAAAUUCACUUUAUAAAUUCCAAUUUAAACAAGUGGAGAAUAAAAUAUGAUUAUUUUCCUAGAAAAUGAGUGAUGUUAUUUACAAUAAUGACUCUUGACAAGUUGACCCAGAAAAAUCAAAUAUGGCAGCAAAAACACUUUGCCUAAAACUACCAAAACUUCAAGACCCAUAAGUAACAACUAAGUCAUCUACGGCUUUAACUCCUCCAAUACAAACCACAAAACCCAUAAGUGACAACUAAGAUUUUAUCCACACGGCCACUAUAAAUAAAUGAAUACAGAUGAGCCAUACUGAUCACAUCACUCAUCAGUAAAUCAAGAAAGAAUAUUAAAAUGGCGUCUUCCAAAGUAUCUUCCAUGCUUCUCUUUCUCUUUCUUCUCGUUCUUGUGUUUCACCAAAUGGAUAAAGCCCUUGGUGAACAAAUCCAGCUCAGCAACCGCAAACUUAAAGAGACAGGACAUCAUCAACAACUGACUGCAGGGCAGAGGCGUGUUCUUGCGAGAUUUGAUCACAAGAGAGCGGCCGACUGGAUCCGUAAGGGCGCAAAAGCUGUUUGCAAAAUCUACUGUCCCCCUCCACCGCGUUAAAGGUUUUCCAAGGCCAAAACAUAUGAUCUCACGAUGUCUGGAUAAAUGUUUCACAAUUUGUCUAUAUAAAUGUAAUUCUGAAAUUUUCUUGCAAAAUAAAAGAGAUUCUACCACCCGGAUGGUGGUAUGAUUAUAUGUUGUUAUAAGUUUUACUAUUGUAAAUUGUUUCGGUUCUAAUGUUAUAUAAAGUUUAUAUAA